AUGUAUUAAAAAUAAAUAUAUAAGUGUAAAAUAAAUAAUUAAAGAAUUAAUAAAAAAAUAUUUCAUUUUAUGGAUUGUGUAAACACUUUCUGUGAAAUCUGCUGCAAUGAUGAAAAUCAAACAGUUGAUUUGAAUUGCAAACAUAAACUUUGUUUAGAGUGCUUCAAAAUUGCAGUUGUGCCAAAGGAAUUAUGUCCUUUUUGUAAAUAACAAGUGAAUCAGGUUUUGAUAGAGAAUAAGAUCUUAAAUAUUUCAGAGUUUGAAAAACCUUAAGAGAAAGAAUAAGAUUUCUUUGAAGAAUCUCAUUUUGAAUUGGUGAAUGAAUAAUUUUUUGAUGAAGACUUAAGAAUCUUAAUCAUGAAUCUAAAUCGGGCUAACCAAUUUAUGAUGCGUACGAUUCGGUAGACUGACUCUUAGUUCAAUCUAAAAUGGUUCAUUUACGAUUAAAUAUCUGAGUAGAUCAAUAAUUUGAAAUUCACAAAUAGUUUAGAAAUGUUUUAAUAAAUUAAUAAUCUGAACAUUUGUUUGAAUUUGAUUUAAUCAAAUAAUUGGGAUCAAGCAUAGUUUCAAAAUUACAAAGAUGUUUACAAUAUUUAAAAUAUGGAGGAUAAUUAUUAAUUUAUAAUCUAAAAUAAAGCUAAGAAGAAUAAGAAAAGAAAAUAAAAACAAUGAUAAGUUGAUUAUAAAUAAUUUACUUUGAAUAAAUUAUAAUAAUAAACACACCAAA